AUGCACUUCACAUUGUGUCUGCUUCCCGUUCUCUCUCUCUUCAACCAAGUCCUUGGUGGAGAUGUGAAACUUCCCAUCCUUCCUAAACACCCAAGCAAGGAUGAUUUCUACAAGCCUGAGGGGGAAUCCUGGAAGACAGAGCCUGCUGGAACUAUUCUUAAAACCCGCAAUGUGACCUUCGCCUCAAGGAAACCCAAUAUACCCAGUGAUGCUCAGGCGUAUCAAUUGCUGUUUGUCACUCAAGACGUGCAUAAAGAGCCAGCCACAACAGUCACUACAAUCGUCGUCCCUGUGAACGCAAACCUCAACCGCCUCGUUUCCUUCCAGAACGCAUAUGAUUCCGCUGAUAUCGACUGCUCCCCCUCAUAUGGGUUUCUGAAUCAGGCGUCUGGUGUCGCUGUGACCUGGAACCAGGGACAAAUCUCCAUCUUAGGAGAUUUCCCCCUGGAAGGCGGCCCCGUCCUCAACAUCCCAGACUACGAGGGCUCAAAUGCUGCCUUCACAGUCGGCCCCCAGACUGCCUACCAUACCCUUGAUUCAAUUCGCGCAGCCCUGAACUCCCAACACAUCACGGGCCUCAGCUCAGAGGCAAAGACUAUCUUGUACGGCUACUCCGGUGGCGGCUUCGCAACAGAAUGGGCAACCGAAUAUCACGCGAGCUACGCUCCGGCAUUGAACAUCAUCGGAGCUGCCAUGGGCGGUCUUCCCACAAAUAUCACAAACACCUAUCUCCACGUGAAUGGUGGGAAAUUCUCCGAACUAAAUGUCCUAGCUACUUUAGGCCUAGCAAACGCCUAUUCCAAUGUUUCUGAUUACGUCGAUGAGCAUAUUUUACCCGAUUAUAAAGAUCCUUUCUUCUACCCUCGAGUGCGCUGCGGUCCACAAGCGUGUCUUGAUAGGCAGCCAUCAUUGAGCAACGUGAAUAUCUCCUUGUUGUAUGACAAUGGCGAUGCCGUUUUGCAUCAUUUCGAUGAGCUUCUGGCAGAAAUUGGCGUUAUGGGUCAGCAAAUCCGCGAGGAUAAUAGACCUCAUUUCCCCUUAUAUAUCUGGGCAGGCACGAAUGACGACGUUGUCCGCCCCGUCACAGAUAUCAUCGCUCUGGUCAGAAAGUUCAAACGUGCGGGUACCAAGGUCACAUUUAUUCCAAAGUUGGGUCAAGGUCAUGUCACUGCCUUGGUUACUGGAUCGGGGGCAGCUCGUAGGUGGAUCAACAAGCAAUUUGAGACAGCCGAGAAAUUGGCCCAGUUUGGCGGUAUCUUGGAAGAAGACAAAGAAGAUCUUCUUGUGGAUGUCACCGAAGAGGAUGACUUCGCUGACUCGUCUACCUUCAGGUCUCAGCAGAUCCUAGAUAGUGAAAGGGAUGCCCGUGAGCAUGACUUUGAACUGUGA